UCUCGUCCCGUGGUCGCGCGACGCUUCUGAAAAUGGGCAACGCUUCGUGAUAUGCUAGGAGGAGUACCCACAGAGCUUUGCGCCAACCGUAGCACGCCGUAACCCCUCCAAAAGCGCUUGCACAGCUUGGCUGGCUUGCUAGUGUCUUACAUGCCGCUAGCUGUUUAUGCUAGACCGCGACGCGGGCACGGUCCAUUUGCGCCAAUACGCGCCAUAUACGCAGGCUGCAGGCACGAAGAGGCGCCGUACAGCAGCACUUUUGAAUCUGCGCCGGCCCAGCGCUUCCAGAGGCCCGACGUUGCUCCGCAGCGGCCACAGCGGCAAGCGGCUGUCAGACGCGGCGCCAUGGCCGAUGAAGCGGCAUUCACGGGCUUCGUUACAGCCGGCAGCAAGAAGGCCGUGAGGCCGUCCGCCGCGCCGUUCGACCCCUUCGCGGACGACGCCGCGCCGGCACCGAAGCCAACAGGCGGCGCAUUGUUCCAGACGGCCGGCGCGCGGCGGCCCGUGCGGCCCAAAGCGGCGCCCGCGGCGACCGCUCGGAAGGCCCCGAAAGCGGCGUUCGACCCCUUCGCCGACGACGACGCGCCGGCGGCCCCCUCGACAAAAACGCCGAGGCCCGGGCGGCGGCCCGCGUACCGGACGCCCGCGACGGCGUCGACGCGCGGCGUGCCGACGCCCCGGUCCUUCGACCCCUUCGCCGGCGACGACGGGCCGCCCGCCACGGCCACGGCGCGGCCGGCCGCGCCGCGGCCGACGACCAUCCAGAAGCCGAAGAAAAAAUUCCAGAUCCCGCGGACGACGCCCAAGGCCGUCGCCGCGCCGAUCCUCCGGCCGCACGUCUUCCUCGAGGACGCACCGGCGACGCAGCCGGCACGACCACCGCCGCCCGCGCGGCCGGCGCCGCGCGGGCCGCCGCGGCCGGCGCCGCGGCCGAGCUCGCUCGACGCGGCGCUGGCUGACUUUGACAUCGAGGCGGCGACGCGGCCCCGGCCCGGCCGCGUGACGCCGGCGGCGCCGGCGCCCGCGGCAGCGCGGCCGCCGGCGCCGCGCGCGCCGGCGCCGGCGCCGGCCGCCGACGCGGCGGCCGCGGCCGCGGCCGCCAAGAUCGCCCGCCUCGAGGCCGAGAACGCGCGGCUCAAGGCGGCGGCGGCGGCGGCGCCACCGGCGCCGCCCGCGCGGCCGCCGCCGCCGGUGCCCGCGCCCGCGCCGGCGUCGACGGCGCAAGCGCCCGCGCGGCCGCCACCGGCGCCGAUGGAGGCCGAGGCCGCCGCCGCUCCGACGCCUGCCGCGCCAGCGCCCGCGGCGUCGACGGGCAUCGACUACAGCCGCUUCGACGGCAUCGGCGACGACGACGACGACGACGACGAGCCGCCGGAGAUUAUCCAUAGGCCCAUCCUGCCGGACAACGAACCUCAGCCAAAACCGCCGCCCGUCCCCUUCGACCUCUCCACCCAAAACGUGCCCGCGCUCGCGAAGAUCUGCGAGCGCGUCGGGGGCAAGCCCGUCGACGAGGCCAAACUGGCCCGCGAACUGGAGAGGCACGCCGCCUUGUGGGCCCGCGACGACGCGCCCGACCAACAUAAAAUCCCGACGUGGACGCGGCCCUGCUCGGCCCAGCCCGAGGCGGGGUUGAUAGCGCGGAUCCGCAAGGACCCCGGCGGCGUGGUCGCGCCCGUGCUUAAAGUGAGGAAGAAGGAGGUGCGGAGCACGCCGCUCGGGCCGCGCGUGCGCUUGGAGCUCGGCGACGGUGGUAAUGACGCCAUGGCCGCGCACUGCAAGGGCGAUUUGACGGAGAAGUUGCGGUGCUGCCGGCCCAAUGCUUUAUUACGGCUCGUGCAGUGGUUGGUCAAUGAUAUCAAUGGCACAAAAGUUAUUAUUGUCUUACAGUUCGACUACGUGUUGCAAAGUGUCGAGGACCCGUCCAAGUUCGUGGCCGUGCCGCCGCCGGAACGUACUGUUCAACCCGAGGACGAGGUGAAGGCGCGCGUCGAGGCCAAUAGGGCCGCCGCGCUGGCGAUUCGCGACGCGAAGCGGCGGCGCCAGGAGGCGCCGCCUCCGGCCACGGAGGAAGCGCCGCUCGGUAUAUUUAGGUCGUCGGAGGAGGCCAAGGUCGUCGACGCGGCUUUAGGUGCCGCGCUCGGCGCCGCGUGCCUCUCGCACGUCUACGGCCCCGCUGGUUCUGGGAAGUCUUGGUUGUGCGCUACCUUAGCGGCGCGCGCCUUGUUACGACGAAAGCGGGAGGCCGUGGUCUACCUCUGCGCCACGGCGGCGCGAUCCCGGCACACGGCCACCCAUAUUUGUAACAUCGCCGUGACGCUCGGCGUCGACAAGGACGACGCCGCGGGACGAACUGUCGUCGCCAGCUUCCUCAACUCGGAGCAGAUGGCCCUGGCAUUGGACAACGACGCCCAGUGGCUCGCGCGGAAGCGGGGCGUGAGCCUGGUCGUCGUCGACAGCGCGGCGGCCGUGUGCAAGGAUUUGCCGCGGCACGACCGCAACGCGGCCCUGCGGCGCAUCCUGGCGGCAGCGAAGGAGCUCGCGCGCGCCCUGAACGUGGCCGUGGUCCUGGUGAACGAAAUUUCCCACGACUUUAGUGAUGGCGCGCGGCAGGGCGCGUACCGCCCGGCAAUGGAACAAUUGUACGCGUUCUGCGGGCGGACCUUCCGCGUGGCGCAGCACGUCCAGGGCCGGCGGUCCGUGGCGCUCAUGGGGUCGUCGCCGUCCGAGGAGAUGCGGGCGCCGCUGGCGAUCACGAGUACGGGCGUCGCGGACGCGGGGGACCUCGCCGACGACAACUCGGAUCGGGGCUUCGACGACGACUCGGGGGACGACGACGACGCGAUGCGGGACUCGGACUAAGACCCAAGUGUUCUGUAGUUCAGAGAAACGAGCGAUUUAAAUCAUCAUGGGAGAACUACUACAGCAGGAACGCGCC